CGAAUUUGUAAGCAGGACUGCAUCGGUGUCGGCGAGUGAUUUAUUUGAAAUCGCACACCGUGCUAGCUGCUCUGGCUCGGCCCGAGCGGCUCUACCUCAAGCUAACGCUCGGUCCAGCCCAAACCUAUCAGAUACGCCAGCGACUCUCGAUGUUGGAACGACCGUACCUGCUGGCAAUUAACCAACUUUGUCCAAUCCUUGUGAAGCCUACAAAAUGAGUUGGCAGCGCUAAAAACGCACCUGAUUACGCCCGAUUAUCCAAGCAUUGUUCACUCGGAGAGUGGCCGGCGUCUCUUCAUCAAUACUCUCACCAUCUUACAAACUGCCGCUGCCAAGCAGCACAACAGGUAGUAAUGUAUAGUGUCCUGCUGUUUCCAAUCUCUGCACUUUAUGGGGUGUUAGGGCUCUUAUUUCGGGCCCUUUUGACGUUCCUGGUACCUUCGAUUGGUCCCAAUGAUGGUAUUCAUCUUGCUGUUAGUCCCCGAUGCGGUCCCCUGUCUGGCACAGUGUCAGAGUUCAAUGCCGGUUUAAAUCUUCCUCAAUUUAAGACCAUCGUUGCAUUUGGCGACUCAUUCACUGACGGCGGGAGACAUGACGGUGGCCCUCUUGAGCCUGCCGUGAUAAUACCACCAAAUAUCCUAGCAGGCGGUCGUUCGACCAACGGACCCGUUUGGGUCGAGGGCAUUGCCAGUGACAUCGGCGCCAGCGUCAUGGAUUAUGCCUGGUCAAGCGCUGUUACAAACAUCAGCUUAUGGCCUAGCAACCCAUAUCCGCGGGACUUCAUCAUGCAGACAACAACAUUUCUAAACCAAUCCAAUAACCUGGAUCCGGAGACCACUCUGUACGCGAUAUUCUUUGGAAUUAACGACUGGGGGGACUCCUUUGUGGACGGAAACCACCUACCAGAGGCAGCGCAAGAUAUGCUAGGCCAGAUUGCUCUUCUUGCUUCUCCGCCCACAAAUGCUCGCAAUUUUCUCAUUACCGAUGCAUACGGUCGCGGAGUUCAUAACGCAUGGGGGGAGGCGUGGCUUCAAUCAAUUUUUGAUGGUCUCGUCGCAUUCCGCUUUCAGGAUGUUCCAUUGAAUUUGGCUUUUGCCAUUUUUGGGACCAUCUGGGACGGAGUGCUUGGAUCCGAUCCGGGCUAUAAGGCUUUCGGGUACACAAACCCGGGUGCCUGCUUCAUUGAUGGCAACACUUGCGAUGACCCGGAGCAUUAUUUCUAUUGGUUCGACGGGCAUCCUUCCAAACAGACUCAUAGGAUCAUGGCGGACUAUGUGGAGGAGGUACUGACGCGUUGUCGCGUGUAAUUCUGUUCGUGCUCUUUGUUUUGCGCCAGAAGUCCAACCAAGAGCAGAAACCGAGAUCUCCAAUGUGUAUACUGUCUUUGAGUAACAUCAUGUAGUACAUCUAGUACCGGUAGAAUAAGUAAGUCGUGUAAACGAGUGAGGUCACAGAAUUAAAGA